UGUGUGAAAUGACCAACUAAACUGAACUAAAACAGGACUUCCCUCACCUCAUUUCUCAUCCGCUCUCUCUCUCUCUUGCUUCCCAAACUCUCCCUCCCCUCCUUUCUCCUUUAUCUCUCUCUCUCUCUCUUUUCUUAUCAAACACACAGGGUCUUGCAGCGGCGGGUGAAGAACAUCAUCUGCGCGCUCGCGCGCGCUCGUGCCAACUAUCUGUGCGCUUAAGUGUGUGUAUAAAGCACGCACACGUGCCUCUCACGGUAAUGUGAGAAAUCGAGAGGGACACAUCUCUUAAGCCUCCUUGUGGUGGGAUUUCAAUUUGACGCACUAAACGUAGCGCGCGUCUUCGCUCUCACACACUCUCCCUGCAUGUGUGUCCGCUCGCUGCAGCUCCGGCGUCGGGCAAACCCUCUCACUGCUGCACUUCAUCCAAUGUGGAACAUCUCGUCUGCAGCCAGCCGCCUCGUAUGGCUCCUAAAGAAGCGGAUAUGCCCCAGUGCCACGGGAGACUGACGCCUUCACUGUCUUCCUCUCCUCCGCUAAUGGUCCUCUCGGGGAGUUAUGGUCAGUAAGGAGGCAGGCCGCUGCACUCUGUCAAGUUCAGAGUCUGACUCGGAGUCCGGUGGUCCUUCUCUGGAGCGGGGCGGGGCAGACGCAGUGGGCAAGCGAAACAAAGCCCUUCAGGUGCGUUUUAAAGACAUCUGUGAGGCGCAGAAUGAGGCUGCACACCGAGGUGCCAGCGACCACUCCGUUUCCUGCAAGGUCAUCCACCGGAGGUACAUGACCAUGCCGGCUCGCCGCUCCAUUCCGAACGUCACCAAGAGCACGGGAGUGCAAACCUCACCCGAUUUGAAAAAGCGCUACCAGACUUUCCCCUUCGAGCGCAAGAAGGGAAAUGUCAUCAAACACACUGCUUUAGUGGAAAAUUACCCAGAUCAAAACAAUGGCUUUUUGAGUGAUGUGAAGGGUGGGGAACGGGGGGCAAGGAGCGAAGGACGGGUGCAGCAGACUCGGGUGUUGCUCCACACUACGCCGCAGUGCAGCGAUGCUAAGGACUUGUGUGCUGGGCCGGACUGUUCAGAUGGGAAACUCUGCCCUGAUCUGUCAGACUCAGUUUUGGAUCAGUCGGACUCAAGGAGGGACACCAAUGUCCCGGGGAGUGGGGCCAAGCACAAAGGAUUACCCAGUGAAAGUGAGGCAGGGGCAGGCCAGCAGCCCAACUGUGGCUCCUCGACCACGCCGACUCAACCUCUGCAGGUCAGGGGUGACUGUUCAAAGAUUUCUGGCCCUAUUGCAUGGACAUCUUUGACACAAGUGGAAUGCCCGGAGAGUCCCUCAGGGAGCUGCAAACGCAAAAAAGACACAGCGCAGCUGAACGGAUUGCAGGCGCAGUCUCAGACUUUGCCUCAUUCGGCGAGUUGCGCUUCCCGGGCCCACUGUCACAGUAGCCAAAACUCGGGCGCCGCAGAGACCUUGCAGGGAAUGCAGGGGCAGCUAAUUGCUCUCCCCGGGGCCGAUGGGAAUGUGAAAGCCAGGCUUCAAGCCAUGGAGGCUCUGAUUAACUCCAGUCAAGAAACCAUCAAAGUGCUGCUGGGGGUCAUUCAGGAGCUGGAAAGAGGAGAAGCACAGCGAGAGGGACUGUCUUAUCGAACUGGGCAGGAUACAGCCAACUGUGACACAUGUCGCAACAGUGCCUGCAUCAUAUACAGUGUGGAGCUAGAUUUUAAACUUCAAGAGGACAAACUUCAGCCCUUAAUGAAGAGACUGUGUCCAUUAGAAGAGCCGUCCUACCCCUCUCUGCCUUAUACUCACGAGGUGUUCACCUCCACACCCAAACGCAAGUCCAAGACUGAGACCAAGAAGCAUGCGAGAUGGAAACUCUGGUUCCUCUAACAUAUGGAUUCAGGAUCCCUGAAACCAUCACAAACAAGCAAAUUCCAGUGGAAUUGGAUAAAAAUUGAGAAAUGUUCACUACUAGCCACCAUUUUGUAACACGCAUCAUGGGAUCCACUGAGCGACUGGAUUUUAGUAAGGAAUAACAGUUGUUUUCUAAUCAUGACCCUCUGAUGAACCCUCUGAGUUUGGGAACUGCUGAAUUCACCUGAUCUCACAUUUUUUAAUGGGAUUACACAAUGAUCCUUAGGUUUAGUCAAGUUAGCAAGGGACCCUGCAGAGGCGACAAGAAACUUCAAAGCUAAACACUCGUUUGCCACAAAACUACUUUGGAGCUGUAUAUCAAAGUCACCUAAUCAGCAAAGCACAAACUUUUGAGAAUUAUAAAGUAGCUUUGAUAGCUGAGAUAUACCUCUGUCUCUUUUUCUUUCUUUCUUUC